GUUCGUUAUGAAGUGAAGAGACUCAUGGAAUCUCUUCAUUUCGACACGCUUCAACGUUAUCCCAUCUCGUUGGACCUGGCGAACGUCGUCUCCGACUGCAUGCCCAAUCUGGAAUGAAGCUGAAGAAGAAUUUCUUGCCACCGCAGUGAUAUCCUUCAAGUGUCAGUACACACACAUACGCGCGUUGCAUGGCCUUGACUUGAGCCGCAUGCGCUCCACUACUUUCACGCACUCCCUUGAAAUAAUGCUCCAAGAUUUGUGCUGGUAACAACUCGAAGGAUUUGUUGCGCGUCCACGCCUGCAAUGGAUUCUGCGGACACUCCGGACGAUGCUGCUGGCGCGGAGAGCGUGCAGGUUGAACCAGGUGGCGACGAAGAACAAGAAGAAGGUCAAGACGAGCAAGAGGAAGACGACGAGGAUGAGUACGAUGGCGAAGAAGAGGAGGAUGACGAUUCCAUGGAGGCGGGAGACUCCGGAGAGUUGGAUGAGAGGGAGAAGUCGUCGCUGACGGAAAGGGAGAGCACUGGUAGUAGCGCGGAGAGCCUCGACACGAGCAGCUCGGCUAGUCCCAGCGAUGGUCGUGCUGGACCCGCUGCCGACAAUGGAACUGCUGCUGGCCGCGCGAAAAUCGAGACCCCGCGGCCGCUUUCCGUAGAAUCCAUACCUCCAGCGGAAAUGGUGCAGCUUAUCAAGCCGCAGAUCCGAUUGUCUGGCUACACACGGGAGAUGUGGCAAGCACAGCACGAUGAGACCGUGAAGGAUUUCUUUACCGACACUCGCCUCCGCAUGCUCUGCUUGCACAUCUGUCCGCGCAGCAAUGAACUUGUAGUGUCCUGUGACAUUCCCCUGCGUGACGUAGACCAGCUGCAGUACUUCAUUCGCCCAGAGAACUAUGCGUUCCGCAAGGCCACGUUUCACCUGGACUGCCACUACGGUCUGCUGCAAGGCAAUCCGGUGGAGAGUCUGCUGCGGCGUAUCCAGCAGGUCUACGCACCGCACUUCUUUGCCAAGACGGAUUGGCCAGAAGGUAUCAAAAGUGACUUUUCUCUGGCAUUGCAUCGCGUUAUGGCAUCGUUGACCGAUGCGAUCAACAAGCCAAAGGGCCACACUGUGCUGUACUUGCCACAGGAGCAGGCCAUGGAGUUGGAUCCGAAGGUGGCAUGCAAGGACAAAGCAUUGAUGCAAAGGCUAGACGUGGUCGUCAACCAGUGGACUCGUCAGAUAAAGGAGCUACUGACAAAUCCUGGCGGCCAGGAAGGUGCUGGAGGUGGCGGGCCGCUCUCAGAGCUCGACUGUUGGAGCCAGCGCUGUGAUGAUUUGUCCGGCAUACGGAUGCAGCUACAGAAGCACGAUGUGAGGAAAGUGCGUGAGAUCCUGGACCUCGGACGAUCACAUUACUUGCCAAAGUUCAUCACUGUUAUUGAGGAGACGGAGGAGGAUUACGAAAGAGCGUCUUCCAACUUGAAGUACCUCUCGCUUCUCAAAGAGCCGUGUGAAAAGCUGGAGAAGUCGCCUCUGUCCAAAGUGCCGUCUCUCCUCCCAACGAUCCUACAAACAGCACGUGUCAUUUGGGUGAAUAGCCCGCAUUACAACACCACGGAGAGGUUAACCAUUCUGCUACGCAAGGUGAGCAACAGCGUUAUCCAGUGCUGUGCGCAGGCAACUGAUCUGGCUGCAGUCUUUGCUGGUGACGUGCCAAAGAGCAUGGCACAGCUCAAUGACUGCAUCGAGGUGUGCAAGUCCUGGAAAAAGCUCUACCAGAAUACCAGCACUUUGCAUCGCAAGGCGUCAAGCGUUCGCUGGCUGCUGGACGAGAGUGCGAUAUUCGCACAUGUCGACGCUUUUGUCCAGCGUUGCAAUGACCUGAAGGAGGUGUGUGAAGGGCAGCGGCACUUUGGUCGAUGGGGCCCCGCUAAGCGUGAUCAACUACCGUGUUUCCAUGGAACCAAUGGUCCGCACAUAGCGCACGGUCUCACCGAAGUGGAGCAUGCCUUUGACAAGGUUCUAGAACCCCUGGCAGCGGUCAAGGCGUACGCUCUAGAUGUCAAAGCUACUGGUUGGCAGAAUGCAUACAACAGGUUUCGACUGGGUGUAAAAGACCUAGAGGUGAUGGUGCAGAACUUGAUGACAUCAGCAUUCCAGUUGACCAGUACUGUGGCGGAAGGCGUAGAUCUCUUGGAAGUGUUCUUCCACUUUUCAACCCGGGAAUCAAUUCGUCGCACGUUGGACAAGACGACCAUGCGUGUGUAUGAGCUGCUGCAAACGGAGGUUGCGGCCGUCAAGGAACAGUUUGUGAACAAGUCACCGGCAAUACCGCCCACAAUGCCUUACUAUGCUGGACGUGCUCGCUGGGCACGCUCACUGAAGGAGAGGAUCGACCGGCCUGUUGAGAUUCUGAGGAAUGCCACAUUCAUCAAGGAAGAGCUGAGCAUUGCUUCCAUGGUGGAGGCUGAAUACGAUCAACUUGCACAGGUGCUGGAUGAGUUUGUGACCAAGAUGUACGGAAAAUGGAUUUCCAGCAUAGACAAGGACAUGGGACUUCUUGGUGUUGCAAGCUGGGGCGAGAGCAAGCGACAAAGCCGUCCUACUCAGAUACAACCGAGCCGCCGGAGGCAUGAGAUGAGGGUUGCUACGCCAGACCUAUCACGGAUGACGAAUAGACAUUUCUGGGGGUACAUCAAGCAGCGUCGUCCCUGGUUCAAUGAGGCAUUGGAUACUGUUCUUGAGAAUAAUCGAAGCUAUCGGGAUGAACUUGAUCGGAGGUUUGAAAUUUACCAGACGGAGUAUCAAGCUAGAUUGCGGAAGAGAAGAAAGAAGGUUGUGCGUUUCGGAAGAAUAAAAAUACGGGUCUUGAAGCGGCGCCCUCGUAAGCUGUUUCGCCGCUUGCCACUGCAUACGCCAAAACCACGGCGGCGUCCCUACGAUACCAAAUCACCUGUCUCAGGGAAGCACAAGAAAGUGAAAAAGAAAACUGUUCUCCCAGAUCUUCCUCCAGGAGCAUUGUCAAUGUACUAUGGUUUGGCAGAGAAGGAUAGGGGAGCCUUCCUGCGGUCAGCCACAGGCAAAGACAGACAGCCCAAGCCUACGAAAGAGAGCGAGCCACGGAAUGUGAGGACUGAGAAGGAGUACAGGACUAUCGUAGUCACCACCGCUCGCAAGAAGGCUCUGACAAAUCAGCUGGACGUGCCCUUACUGCGGAAGUCACCACAAGACCGCAGUCUGAUCGACAUGAAUUUCAACGGGAAAUUGCUGAAGCUGUUCUCCGAGAUAGAUUACUGGGCCCGGAUGAAGUUUGACUGUCCGCACUACAUCCAGGAACUGUAUUCCCAGCGCGAGGACUUGCGCAAGUUGCGAGAAAAUGUCCUACUGGUCGUCCGAGACUACAAUCGGAUUCUGCGAGUGCUUAGCAAGGAGGAGCGCAUGCUCUUUGGCGAGCGCAUUCGUAACCUCAACCGCAAGAUCCAUCCGGGCUUCACCAAGUUGACGUGGUCAAAGAAAGGCCAGGGCGAUACCUUCAUCACAGAAUGCCGCUCGCAGACUAAGGCAACACAAGCCCUUGUGGAUGCCUACAAGCUGGCGGAGAAAGCUCUCUACGAGUCAUGCCAGAAGAUCAGUGAGUUGCUACUGUUCAAAGUGGAUCCACAUCAUGUCUAUGAAGAGGACGAGUUCAAAGAGGAUCAGCAACGACACAGGACCCAAACCCAGCAGAAAAUUCAUCGGCUCCAUUCGGAAAUUGUUGGCAUCCUCGAAAGAACGUAUCUAGUGUGCCAGUUUGUCGGUGAUAGCUCAGAGAUCAAAAAGCACUGGAUGGCAUACUUGGAGAAGAUGGACUCCGUCUUAGAAGAAGCAUGCCGUUUGAAUGUGAAAUGGUCUCUUCAAGAGCUCAGUCACACCAUACAAGGUGACAAGAAGACCCCACCACGUCCUCUGAUUCGUGUUUAUGCGACCCUGGAGGAAACAGGAGACGGUCCCACGGUUGGAUACAUGCCAAGCUUGAAGGGUUUGCAUGAAACCUUCUCCAAACUCGCAUCGUGUCUACCCACCUGCAUGUCAGUAGUGCAGCGUUUGCCGCAGUCGCUUCUCAAAAUACAGUCGACAAAGAAACCCAUUGCAAGCAUUCUUGAAGCUGACAGCGAGAUGGACAAGUUCAAGCAGGCCAUCAGUGCUGGUGUAAUACGCAGUGGUGACGAAAUACGGGCAUACGUAACUGAGUGGGAUGAGCAUCGGGACAUGUAUCGCAUUCAAAAGGACUCCUUCAUUAGGCGGUACAAGGCACUCAAUCAACCUAUCUCUGCAUUCGAGGCGGACAUCAGUCGGUACAACGAGGUAUCGCUGGCGCUUUCCCGAAAGGAGACCGUGACCAACAUUCAGUCGGUGGUGCUGGAUCUGAAUCCACUAUGCCAGGCAAUCAACGAUCACGUUGUCGGUUGGGUGGAGAGGUUCAUCAGCCUUCUGAACUCAAUGGCUAUGGAAACCUUGAACGGACUGCACAGCUACAUGGCCGAAAACACGGAGCGCAUGACACAAGUGCCAAAGAACCUGGAUGAGCUCACAAACAGCAUGGAUCACCUGGAGGUGCUCAGAGCAUCAACGGCAGAGAAAGAGGAAGAGUUUGAGCCGCUGCUCGACCGAUUCCGUGUCCUGGAGAAUCACGAGUUCGAAAUCACCCCUGACGUGCGUAUCAAGAUAGACAGCUUGGACAGAUGCUGGAAGAACUAUCUGCAGUGUCUGGACGAUAGUGAUGCCAUGCUGAAGCAGACGAAGGAAUCAUUCCGCGCUGGCCUUCUCCAAUCGGCAGAGGAGCUCAAACGCAACGUGAUGCAAGCAUGCGAUGACUUCCAGCACAAAGGCCCGUACUCGAACGCCGUGUCAACGCAAGACGCCUUGGGUUUCAUUGCCAAUAUGCGGGAGACACUUCGAAGGCUGAACAAGGAUGAAUCCGAUGUGCGGCGAGGUCUUGGACUCUUCAAAAUCGAUCAACCCCCCUCCAAGGAAAUGUCUGGUCUUGAGAAGGAUCUUGAUCUUCUGGAGAGUCUAUGGGCAUUGUAUGCUGACUGGGAGAAUUCUUGGGCUAAGUGGAAAGUUGGUGGCUUUGCAGACCUGGAAACGGAUAGCAUGGAGCUGCAAGCCCAGCAGAUGCUGAAAAAGGCGACCAAACUCGGCCGUGAAGUGAAGAGCAAGGAUAAAGACUGGGAGAUCUCUGAGUCUAUGAAGAAGGAAAUUGAGCAGUUCAAGCGUACCAUGCCUCUCAUCCAGGCGCUGAAGAACUCAGCCAUGCGGCAGCGUCACUGGGAUCAACUCAAGGAGGAAGUCAGGAAGCCAUUUGAUGAGACUUCACCUGACUUUACUUUGGAGAAGAUCAUUGAUCUUGGACUUGACCAGUUCUCCGAUAACAUCAUGGACAUCUCUGGUGCGGCAAGCAAAGAACUGUCAAUUGAGGACGCUCUGAAGGAAAUUGCUGCCAUCUGGGAAACAUUGAACCUUGACGUUGGUCCGUACAAAACUAAGGGACACCACCGCCUCAAGGGGACGGAUGAAGUAUUCCAACAGUUGGACGACAACCAGGUGAAGCUCUCCACCAUGAAGGCGUCCCGAUUUGUCAAGGCAUUUGAGUCUCAGGUUGACAAGUGGGAAAGAACACUGUCACUGAUUCUUGAAGUGACUGAGAUCACGCUGACUGUGCAACGACAGUGGAUGUACUUGGAGAAUAUCUUUGUUGGCGAGGACAUUAGAAAGCAGCUUCCAGAUGAGACCAAGGUGUUUGAUAGUGUCAAUGAGAACUGGAAGGAGAUAAUGUGUCGUAUGAACAACAACCCGAAUGCGCUGCAAGCCACGCACCAUCCAGGCUUGCUCGACCAGCUGAACAAGAUGAAUGUUCAACUGGAGGAGAUCCAGAAAUCUCUGGACAUGUACCUGGAGACUAAGCGACAGGUUUUCCCGCGCUUCUACUUCCUGUCGAACGACGACCUACUGGAGAUUCUAGGACAGAGCAAGAACCCCGAAGCUGUCCAACCUCACUUGAAAAAGUGCUUCGACAACAUCAAGUCUCUAACGUUGCGUGCCGUCCGCCAGAAGACAGAGGCUAGUGCGAUGCAUUCAUCAGAGGGUGAAAUGGUACCGUUCAACUCGAUGUUGAUGCUGGAGGGCGCCGUAGAGUUGUGGCUCGGUGAUGUGGAGAAAACAAUGCGCUCUACACUCAAGGAUGUGCUGCGUGAUACGUACGCUGCGCUGCGCAAGAUGUUGAAAAAGAGAGACAAGUGGACAAAGGAGUGGCCUGGGCAGACGCUUAUUACCUCCAGUCAAAUUCAGUGGACAGCUGACGUGACAAAGGCCCUGGCAUCCACAAGAGAGAAAGGAGAUAAGAAGUCUCUGAAGCUGAUGAAAAAGGCGCAGAUUGCCAUGCUGGAGAAGUUCUCCGGUGCAAUUCGCACAAACCUCACCAAACUGGAACGAUCGAAGAUCGUCGCAUUGGUCACAAUUGAGGUUCAUGCCCGUGAUGUUUUGGAGAAGCUGAUCAAAUCAAACAUCCGGGAUGAGCUAGGGUUUGACUGGUUGUCACAGCUGCGUCUCUACUGGGAUGAUGAUAUUGAUGACUGUGUGGCAAGACAGACCAACACUGAGUUCCAGUAUGGCUAUGAGUACCUGGGUAACUCAGGUCGUCUGGUCAUCACACCGUUGACUGAUAGGUGCUACAUGACACUAACAACCGCCCUGCAUCUCCAUCGUGGCGGAAGUCCGAAAGGUCCGGCAGGUACCGGCAAGACUGAGACAACGAAGGAUCUCGGCAAGGCUCUUGGCUUUUACGUGAUUGUUGUCAACUGCUCUGAAGGCCUGGACUUCAAAUCCAUGGGAAGAAUGUUUAGUGGUCUCUCACAGACUGGUGCCUGGGGCUGCUUCGACGAGUUCAAUCGGAUAAACAUUGAAGUGUUGUCCGUUGUGGCCCAGCAGAUUCUCAGUAUCCUGUCCGCUCUAGCUAGGCAGGUCAAAAAGCGAACAUCGGCGUUCAUGUUUGAAGGCAGGGAAAUCCGCCUCGUCUGGUCCUGCGGUGUUUUCAUCACCAUGAAUCCAGGCUAUGCUGGUCGUACUGAGCUACCAGACAACUUGAAGAGCAUGUUUAGACCCAUUGCUAUGAUGGUGCCAGACUCUGGCCUCAUUGCUGAGAUCAUUCUGUUCGGUGAAGGCUUCCAAAAUACCAAGGUUCUUGCCAGAAAGGUGCAGACGCUGUACAGUUUGGCAGUGCAGCAGCUAUCCAAGCAGGACCAUUAUGACUUUGGACUACGUGCCCUGGUCUCGGUGCUGCGUUACGCUGGCCGCAAGAAGCGUGUGUCGCCAACAACACCUGAUGAUGAGGUAUUACUACUUGCCAUGAAAGACAUGAACAUUGCCAAGCUGACAGCAGCCGACACGCCACUCUUCAAUGGAAUCGUGUCGGACUUGUUCCCUGGCAUAGAAACACCGCAGAUGGACUACUCAGUCAUGCUGAAAGCAAUUGAGGCAGAGCUGCGCAAAGCACAUCUCCAAGUAACACCUAACUCAAUCACCAAGGUCAUUCAGCUCUUCGAGACGAAGAACUCACGUCAUUCUGUGAUGAUUGUUGGUGAGACAGGCUCAGGAAAAUCCACUACCUGGCGAAUUUUGCAGUCAACACUUGGCAGGCUGAAAAAGGAGACCAAAGAUCCUGCCUACAACGUUGUCAAGGACCAUCCCAUUAAUCCUAAAUCUCUCUCACUGGGAGAACUGUACGGAGAGUUUGACCUCAGCACCAACGAGUGGACAGAUGGUGUGCUGUCGAGCGUCAUGAGGCAGAUCUGUGCAGACGAGAAGCCCGAUGAAAAGUGGCUGCUAUUCGAUGCGCCUGUGGAUACACUGUGGAUUGAGUCCAUGAAUAGUGUGAUGGAUGAUAACAAAGUGCUGACAUUGAUCAACGGAGAGCGGAUAUCCAUGCCUCCUCAGGUCUCACUGCUGUUUGAGACUCAGGACUUGUCUGUAGCAUCACCAGCCACCGUCAGUCGCUGUGGGAUGGUCUACAUGGACUACAGCAGUCUUGGCUACAGGCCCUACGUUGAGUCAUGGCUGCAGCGACGAACAGAGCAGAGAUCAAUUGAGCCUCUGCGACGUCUAUUCGACAAACACGUCCCAAGCUUGUUGGAGUUCAAGCGAGUCAACUGCAAGGAGACGAUUCCCGUGGCCGAAAUCAACAGCAUCACUUCUCUCUGCACACUCGUGGAUGCUUUGGCCACAGCUGAGAAUGGAGUAAAUGCAUCUGAUGAUGAAGAGACGUAUCUACGGAUGCUGGAACUUUGGUUCCUGUUCAGUGUUAUCUGGUCAAUUGCUGCAUCUGUUGAUGAGCAAGGCAGAAAGAAAAUUGACGCGUACUACCGGGAGCUUGAAGGCCAGUUCCCAGCUAAGGACUCUAUCUACGAGUACCAAGUUGACGUGAGGAACAAAGGCUGGGUCAUGUGGGAGGAACAGCUCCGAUCAUCAUGGCGUUAUCCAGCCAACUCUCCAUUCUACAAGAUCAUGGUUCCGACCGUGGACACAGUGCGCUAUGAUUUCCUGGUACAUUCUCUGAUCAGCACUGGACGGCCUGUACUGAUGACUGGUCCGGUCGGGACUGGCAAGACCUCUGUUGCUGGUGGCGUAUUGCAAAAGCUUGAUUCGAGCAAGUACAACAUCCUGAUGAUCAACAUGUCGGCUCAGACCACUUCCAACAAUGUCCAGGAGAUCAUUGAAAGCCGGGUGGAAAAGCGAACGAAAGGUGUAUUCGUACCGAUUGGCGGUAAGAAGCUACUGACGUUCAUGGACGAUCUCAAUAUGCCAGCCAAGGAUACUUUUGGCUCUCAGCCACCGCUGGAGCUUGUGCGUCAGUGGAUGGAUUAUGGGUUUUGGUACGAUCGCCUGAAGCAGGUGCCCAAAACAGUCAAGGACAUGUUCUUGAUGGCUGCAAUGGGCCCUCCCGGUGGUGGCCGUACUCACAUAUCCCGCCGGCUGCAAAGCCGCUUCAGUCUGAUCAACAUGACAUUUCCGCAGGAUAGUCAGAUCAAGCGUAUCUUUGGCACGAUGAUCACCCAGAAGCUGCAGGAUUUUGAAGAAGAUGUGAAACCAGUUGGACCGAUAAUCACGCAGGCCACGUUGGAAAUCUAUCAGCAAAUCUCAACAAAGAUGUUGCCAACGCCCGCCAAGAUUCACUACCUGUUCAACCUGCGUGACAUUUCCAAGGUUUUCCAGGGCCUGCUGCGUGCUAAUAAGAACUACCAUGACACGAAGAACGCCAUGAUCCGAUUAUGGAUCCACGAAUCCUACAGAGUAUUUGCAGAUCGGUUGAUUGAUGACAAGGACCGGGAAGGAUUUCAGACCAUGGUAUCCGAACGACUCGGGAACUUGUUUGACGUCUCAUUCAACACUGUGUGUCCGAACAAAGUCCUGCCUGUGUUCGGUGAUUUCAUGCGUCCUGAUCUAAACCCACCUGUCUACGAGGACUUGACCAACCCGAAGGAGCUGAAAAACACCAUGGAGAAUUCUAUGGAGGAUUACAACAUGACGCCAGGUGUCAUUGCCAUGAAUCUUGUUCUGUUCCGUGACGCUAUCGAACAUGUAUGCAGAAUAGUGCGCGUGAUUCGGCAGCCUCGUGGCAAUAUGCUGCUGGUCGGUGUCGGCGGCAGCGGACGCCAGAGCCUGGCGCGACUCAGCAGCUCUAUUCUGGAGUACAAUGUCUUUCAGAUCGAGAUCUCCCGUCAUUACCGACUGCAGGAGUUCAGAGAAGAUCUGCGUCGUCUCUAUUACUUGGCUGGCGUGGAGAACAAGCCAACAGUGUUCCUUUUCAAUGACACACAGGUGGUAAUGGAGAGUUUCCUUGAAGAUAUCAACAACAUUCUGAGUAGUGGAGAGGUACCCAACCUCUACAAACCUGAUGAAUUUGAAGAGGUGCGGUCGGCUCUGUCAAGUGAGGCAGCAAAGGCAGGUGUUCUGGAUCUUCCGGAUACCAUGUUUGCGUUCCUUGUCGAACGUGUCCGCAACAAUCUGCACAUUGUCCUGUGUAUGAGUCCUGUGGGCGAACCAUUCAGAAAUCGCCUUCGCCAGUAUCCCGGUCUUGUGAAUUGCACAACUAUCGACUGGUUCACAGAGUGGCCAAAGGAGGCCUUGCAGGAGGUGGCACAACGCUACCUGGAGGACAUCAAACUGGGUGACAUGUCUGACAGUGAAGCUGAUGAGCUUCGUCUCAACCUUGCAUCCAUCUUUGUGACCAUGCACCGCUCAGUUGGUGAGGCGUCUAAGAAAAUGCUGGCCGAGAUGAAGCGUCACAACUAUGUCACACCAACCAGCUACCUGGAGCUCGUGUCUGGCUACAAACUACUUCUUGAAGAGAAGCGAAAGGAACUGGGUGAUGCGGCCUCCAAGCUGCGCAAUGGACUGCUGAAGCUGGACGAAACACGCACAAAGGUGGAGAGCAUGAGCGUGGAGCUGGAGGAAAAGACCAAACAGGUGGCUCAAUUCCAGAAGGAAUGCGAGGAGUACCUGAUCGUUCUGGUGCAGCAAAAGCGUGAAGCCGAUGAUCAAAAGAAGAUGGUUGCUGCUCGUGGUGAAAAGAUUGCUGAGGAAGAGAAACGCUGCAAGGCAAUUGCUGAAGCUGCUCAGAAAGACCUUGCUGAAGCCAUCCCAGCUCUUGAAGCCGCUACAGAGGCACUGAAGUCCCUGAAUAAGACUGACAUGACGGAAGUGAGAUCGUACACUAUGCCACCUCCGCUGGUGGAACGUGUCAUGGACGCCGUCAUGAUUCUGAAGGGCGAAAAGACAGGAUGGCCUGACGCCAAGCGUGCUAUUGGUGAAGGUAACUUCAUCAACUCACUGAUUAAUUUCAACAAGGAAAACAUCUCGGACAAGAUACUCAAGAAGAUCGGCAGUAUCUGCUCGGACAAGGACUUUCAACCGGACAACAUUGGCCGUGUGUCAUUCGCUGCCAAGUCCCUGUGCAUGUGGGUGAGAGCUAUGGAAGUCUAUGGACGUAUCUACAGAGUUGUGGAGCCCAAGAAGAAACGCUUGGCUGAUGCCACUGUCAAGCUAGAGGCUGCACAAGCAUCUCUGAAGGACGCACAGCAGAAACUGAAGGAGGUGGAAGACAGAGUGGAGGACCUGAAACGGCAGUAUGAUGAAAAGCUAAAGAUGAAAGAAGAACUGAAGGCUAAUGCGGAGAUGCUGGCACUGAAAUUGGACCGCGCUGGAAAGCUAGUGUCUGGUUUGGCAGGAGAAAGAGUGCGCUGGGAGGCAAACGUGCUGCUGCUGGAGGAAGCAAUCAGCUAUUUAGUUGGAGAUUGCCUCAUGGCUGCUGCAUUUAUGUCUUAUGCUGGCCCAUUCCUCUCCAACUACCGGGAUGACUUGGUGGAGAACAUUUGGCUGAAAAAGGUCCGUGAGCUCAGAGUACCCUGCAAUCCAGACUUCUCCUUUUCUGGCUUCCUUGGCAAAGCAACGACUGUACGACAGUGGAAUAUUCAGGGUCUGCCAUCGGAUUCAUUCUCCACCGAAAACGGUGUGGUCGUAACCCGUGGUCGAAGAUGGCCAUUGAUGGUUGACCCACAAGGUCAGGCUAUCAAGUGGAUCAAGCACAUGGAGAAGGCCAGGGACCUGAGGGUAAUCGAUUUGCAGCAGGCGGAUUUCCUGCGAACACUGGAGAAUGCAGUCCAGUUUGGUACCCCAGUUCUGCUGCAGAAUGUACAGGAGGAGCUGGAUCCUUCUCUCGGACCUGUCCUCAACAAAUCUAUCAUCAAGCAAGGUGGUAGGUACAUGAUACGGCUGGGUGACAAGGAGGUCGAAUACAACCCGGACUUCAAGUUCUACGUUACCACCAAGCUCAGCAAUCCGCACUACACACCCGAAAUUGCCACCAAGACCACCAUCGUCAACUUUGCAGUCAAGGAGCAAGGUUUGGAGGCACAGCUCCUUGGUAUUGUGGUUCGUAAAGAGAAACCCGAGCUGGAGAUGCAGAAAGACACACUCGUCGUCAGCAUUGCUGAAGGAAAGCGAAAGCUGGAGGAACUCGAGGACAAGAUUCUGAGGCUUCUCAGCACAGCCCAGGGUUCUCUACUCGAUGACGAAGAUCUCGUGAAAACACUCCAAUCGUCAAAGAUAACCUCUGAGGAGGUAACCAAGCAGCUAGAAGUGAGCGAAGUCACGGAGAAGGAGAUUGACGCCGCACGUGAACAAUACCGGCCGUGCGCAAAGCGCGCUUCAAUUCUCUUCUUCGUCUUGAACGAUAUGGGAAGGAUCGAUCCCAUGUACCAGUUCUCACUGGAUGCCUACAUAGAAUUGUUCAACAUGUCCAUUGACAAGAGUCCCAACUACGCACACUUCAAAUUGGCCAAUCGGAUCAAGGAGUUGAAUAACUACCACACGUAUGCUGUAUACAGGUACACAUGCCGUGGCCUGUUCGAGAGGCACAAGCUGCUUUUCAGCUUCCACAUGUGUGCCAAGAUCAUGGAGGCAGCUGAGGAGCUCAACAUGGAUGACUACCAUUUCUUCUUACGUGGGGGUGUGGUGAUAGACCGCGAGACACAAGUUGAUAAUCCAACCAAAUGGUUACCGGAGUCAGCCUGGGACAACAUAACUGAACUGGACAAACUGCCCAACUUCCAUGGCAUGAUCAACUCAUUUGAAAUGGAGCAGCGUGAAUGGAAUGCUUGGUAUACAAGUGCUGAGCCCGAGAAAACCACACUUCCAGGUGAGUGGGACAGGUCUCUGAACGAACUGCAGAAGAUGCUGAUUGUCCGAUCAAUCCGGCCAGACCGCGUCACACUGUGUUCCACGACGUUCAUCAUCAACAACCUUGGUGUGAAGUUCACUGAGCCACCGGUUUUGGACAUGAAGAGUGUGGUCGAGGACUCCACAACACGCACACCUCUCAUUUUCGUCCUCUCAUCUGGUGUGGACCCUACCAAUGAGCUGAUUCAACUCGCUACGUCACUGGGAAUGCUGGACCACUUUGAUUCCCUGUCUCUGGGACAGGGACAGGCACCGAUAGCUACACGCAUGCUGCAAAAGGGUGUCAAGCAGGGCAACUGGGUGUUCUUGGCCAACUGUCAUUUGUCAUUGAGCUGGAUGCCACAGUUGGAUAAGAUUGUUGAGCAGCUCCAGGUUCAAGAUGCUCACCCAGACUUCCGACUCUGGCUAAGCAGCACGCCGCAUCCACAGUUUCCUAUUUCCAUUCUGCAAGUGGGCAUCAAGAUGACAACCGAACCUCCAAAAGGUCUGAAGGCCAACAUGAAGCGUUUGUAUGGACUUGUCACAGAAGACACUUUCUACCGGUGCAGAAAACGCACCAAGUACCAAGCACUGCUGUUUGGACUCUGCUUCUUUCACAGUGUGCUCAUUGAGCGCAGAAAGUUCCUCAUGCUGGGCUGGAAUGUCAUCUAUGGCUUCAACAACUCUGACUAUGAGGUGUCGGAGAGCCUGAUCAGUAUCUACCUUGAUGAGUACGAUGAAACACCAUGGGAUGCACUCAAGUACUUGGUGGCUGGUGUCAUGUACGGCGGUCAUGUGACUGAUGACAUUGACCGACGUCUGCUGACAACCUACAUCAACGACACCUUCCAGGACAAGGCUGUUGAGAAGCCAUUCUAUCUCCUGUCCAGCCUGCCAACGUACUACAUUCCGAAGGAAGGUGAACUUGAUGACUACAAGGAUUACAUCAACGGUUUGCCAAAUGUUGACCAUCCAGAGGCAUUUGGCCAACAUCCCAACGCAGACAUUGCCAGCCAGAUCAUUGAGACAAGGAAUCUCUUGGGCACACUGUUGUCUCUGCGACCGCAAGUAUCCGAUGGAGAUGGAGAGAGCCAGGAAGACAAGGUCCUUUCCCUAGCAGCAGAUGUCCUUAAGCGUAUUCCAGAGAACAUCGAUUAUGAAGCAACUCUCAAGCUCCUUGCCGACGACCCUGCUCCACUCAAUGUCGUAUUGCUGCAAGAGAUUCAGCGCUACAAUGCAUUGCUGGAUGUGAUCCGAACGUCAUUGGUGGAUCUACAGAAGGGAAUCAAAGGCUUGGUAGUGAUGUCAUCAGAUUUAGAGCAAGUCUUGAUCUGUAUGAGUGAAGGAAAGGUGCCACCACUCUGGGAGAAGGCAUACCCGUCUCACAAGCCACUGGGAUCGUGGACACGAGACCUAGUGGCGCGCGUGGAGCAGUUUGCCAAGUGGGCCGAGACCGGCCACCAGCCAAUCAUAUUCUGGAUGUCUGGCUUCACGUUCCCGACUGGAUUCCUCACCGCUAUCCUCCAGACUUGCGCUCGAAGGAACAAUGUAUCCGUUGACUCACUGCAGUGGGAAUUCAAUGUAUCCACACUGGAUGACAGCAACAUUGUUGAGACGCCCAAGGAUGGUGUCUGGGUGAAAGGCUUGUAUUUGGAAGGAGCUGGCUGGGAUAAGCGGAACUCACAUUUGGUUGAAGCGAAUCCCAUGAUGUUGGUCAACCCAGUUCCGACCAUUCACUUCAACCCGAUAGAAGCCAGAAAGAAACCACUCAAAGGAAUGUACUUCUGUCCAUGCUACUACUAUUCCAACCGUACGGGGACCAGUGGCCGGCCAUCCUUCAUCGUUGGUGUCGAGAUGAAAUCCGGGCAACACCCGUCCGAGCACUGGGUCAAGCGUGGCACUGCGUUGCUAAUGAGUCUGGACUACUAAGUACACUGUUACACUGCAAGACAUUUCGCCGCCGCCGGUGUGACUUGAUCCUGCACUGUUACACUGCAAGACAUUUCGCCGCCGCCGGUGUGACUUGAUCCUGCACUGUUACACUGCAAGACAUUUCGCCGCCGCCGGUGUGACUUGAUCCUGCACUGUUACACUGCAAGACAUUUCGCCGCCGCCGGUGUGACUUGAUCCUGCACUGUUACACUGCAAGACAUUUCGCCGCCGGUGUGACUUGAUCCUGCACUGUUACACUGCAAGACAUUUCGCCGCCGCCGGUGUGACUUGAUCCUGCACUGUUACACUGCAAGACAUUUCGCCGCCGGUGUGACUUGAUCCUGCACUGUUACACUGCAAGACAUUUCGCCGCCGGUGUGACUUGAUCCUGCACUGUUACACUGCAAGACAUUUCGCCGCCGGUGUGACUUGAUCCUGCACUGUUACACUGCAAGACAUUUCGCCGCCGCCGGUGUUACUUGAUCCUGCGCCGCUCUGCUCAUUGUACUGUACUUGUCUCAUAUUCAAUCAUUUCCUGCAUGGCACGUCAAUAUUGCGUUGUUAACGUUUUUUUUUUUUCUUCCAUGGCUUUGAACUGUGUACGCAUGACUUUCUCGGUUUUCCAUGAGAGAUGAUGCGUUGACUAUUGAUUUUUGCACAUUCCUUGUAUGUCCAAAAGUUGUGGUAGAGGUGCCAUGUUGUUGCUGUCUUGGUCAAGCAUCAGUUUACCUGCCCUGGUCUCUCUGCACAAACUGCGCCCUAUAAAUUUAGAAAUUCGCUUGUGCCGAUAAUUCAUAUAACUGUAGAAUUUCCAUGAAGUUAUUUAGAUGCAUACCUGUAUUCAGGUACCGUGAAACCUAUUGUCAAAUUAUCUCUAGCUCUAUUUUUCAUUUGGAAAAGUAUUUUAUGUCCUGCGAGAAAAAUGGAUGAACAAUUAAUUGAUGCGCUCAAUUCUGCUUGCUUUAAAAUUGAAUGUGUGUACACUUA